CUGCACAAGUCACAUUGCAGGACCCUCUCAUCUCAUGGAAUUCAGCGUUACAUUCAAACUUCCCCUUAUACCCGCACACUAACCUAAGUUAAACUAUAUUAAUUAAUUAAUCCUGCUCGCUUCCUCCUAUUAGUUUAUGACUUUAUGUUUUCUCUCCCUCUGAUUCUUUCUUGCAAGAAAAGAGAACCACCCAACUCAUAAUAAACUCAUAAGCUGAGUGACCGUUUUGAAAAGUUGGAGAGAGAACGAAAACAUUGUUGAAAUAUGAUAUGAGACAGAUCAAUCUUACUACUUUGGUCUUAAAGUCUUUGGUUCACUUCCAACUUCCAACACUCCACAGUGUUGUUGCUCACUUUGAUUGGUUCUUACCAGAUUUUUUUUUUCUUUUAGUUUAACUCAGAUGGUAUCACAACAAACGGCACAAAAUUUCAUAUAGUUGAGAAUAUAGAGACUGAGAUCAAAAGGAGGGUGUCUGAAAAGUUAGUAUCCGAGGCCAUUUUUUUAGAUGAGGUGGAGUGUUUGGUUUUAGCAUGCAAGUAAGAGAGCCACCUCAAUAGAAAAACACCUUUGAGAGACAAAUCAAAAAAUGAAGAAACAGGAAGAACAGUGUAACAGAGAAUCUAAGAAGAAGGGUCACAUUGUAACUUGGACUCAAGAGGAAGAUGAUAUACUGAGAGAGCAGAUUGGUAUCCAUGGAACUGAAAAUUGGGCAAUUAUUGCUUCUAAAUUCAAGGACAAAACGACAAGACAGUGCAGAAGAAGAUGGUACACUUACUUGAAUUCUGAUUUCAAGAAAGGUGGAUGGUCACCAGAGGAAGACAUGCUUUUGUGUGAGGCUCAAAAAUUAUAUGGCAACAGAUGGACAGAAAUAGCGAAAGUGGUUUCAGGAAGAACGGAUAAUGCUGUGAAAAAUCGCUUCUCUACACUCUGCAGAAAGAGGCAAAAAUAUGAAGCUUUAGCUAAAGAGAACAGCAUUUCAUCACACAUAAAUUCAAAUAACAAGAAAAUUGUUUUCCAACAUGCUUAUAAUACAGAUGCAACAUCAGAAUCUGCUAUAUCUAUCAAGAAAAUGAGGAGGGCUCAUAUCACGGAUGAUGGAGGGAAGAUCAAGUUUGGAGAUAGAUCACAUUUGCGAAAUGGAACUUUGAUAAAUCAGCAUCCAAGGACACCAUUCGCAGUAUUAGCUCAAAACUCACAAAACAUAAACAAUUUGCUAGACGAGCUUCAAAUUUGCAAUGCCAAGUUUAGUAGUUCUGCUCAAAAUAAUAAAACUCAAGGAACAUUUCUAAAAAGGGAUGACCCAAAAAUAGAUGCAUUAAUGCAACAAGCAGAGUUGCUUAGCUCACUAGCUCAAAAUAUUGAUACAGAGGACAUGGACCAAAGUCUUGAAAACACGUGGAAGGUUCUUCAAGAGUUUUUGAACCGAACCAAAGAAGCAAACAAUUUGAAAUGCAAGAUUCAAGGUUUAAAGCUUGCUGAUCUUAAAAAUAUGGUUGAAGACUUGAGUAGUAAUGAGGGAGGCCAGCCAUGUUGGAGGCAAAUGGAUCUGUAUGAAGACUCUCCAGCCAGUUCUGAAUACAGUACAGGAUCAACUAUCCUCCCUCUCUCAGCUGGUGACAUUAUGGAACACUCUUCACACCGGGAUAUAAAAACUGAAAUGAAAACCACACAAAUUGAAGAUAAGAAAGAAGUAGAUGGAUGUGAGAGAGGUGUUCUAGUUACUGCAACCUUGGAUCAAGUAGAUAUGCUGCCGAAUUCGGAAGAACAAAUAAACAAUGAUAGCACUGUUUCUGCCUCAUCAAGAGUGGAGUUUGGUUCCCCUGUUCAAGUAACUCCGAUAUUCAGAUCUUUGGCUGCAGGGAUUCCCAGCCCACAAUUUUCGGAAAGUGAAAGGAACUUCUUAAGGAAAACACUAGGAGUGGAGUCUCCAUCUCUCAACCCAAGUGCUCAACCAUCACAACCGCCACCCUGCAAAAGAGCCCUACUAGACAGUUUACAAUCCUAGAUCUCAAUAUCCAUAGGUUAUUUUCCCCUUUCUGAAUCCUUGACAUCCUUCUUUGCCUAGUUUGAGAAACAUUUCAAUUUUAUUCUGCCCUAAAACUUUGAAAGGCAUACCCUUGGCAAGAAUGUAAUGGUAUGUUCUUGCCAUCUUCAACAUAUCUAACAAUAUCCUUCCCUUCACUCAAGGGUUACCUCCUAGAUAAUGGCACCAAAAAUCAGUGUGCUUUUAGAGUGUGAUUCUUUGGUUUGUCUUCUUUUCACAUUAUUCUGGGUUUGUUUUUCUCCAAUCCAGCAUUUUGCCUUUUUUUAUGUACAGAGCCUGGUGUGUUAUCAUUAGUCAUCUUGCGCAUAUGUAUACAUUGGCAUAUCGCCUUUCCUACUACAUAUAAUGAACAAAAACAUAAAGAGAAAAGUUGCCAAAAAAAAGGGGGAAAAGAAGUGUGUAAUAGAGGAUUUUCAUUAAUUAGUUGGAACCUAGAUUCUUAUUUGUUUGUUUUUGGUGUGCAUAGAUUAUAGAAUAAAUUAUCUUCCCCUUUUUUUUGUUUCUGAUGUACUGAAACUUAAGUAUAAUUGAGUGGUAUUUUGGUUUUGGUGUGCUCAA